UGUGUGCAAGUGUCGGCGCAGCCCGAUCGCUCGCCUCCGCUCUACUUCCCCAAACACGCGCUCGCUCCUGCCGCCUGCGCCGCGCGCCGCCCGCCCGCUCGCCCGAUCUCCUAAGUUCUCGGCGCCGCCGCCUCGUCUCGCCUCGCCUCGCCUCGCCCGUGGGGUCCGACCCCCAGAACGGUGUCGCUGCGCGGAUCGACCUCCCCCCGCCUUCCCCGCAGCCCACCACCACGCACCCGCCGCUCCAGCCCACGUCUCCCCGGAGACCCGAGGGGCGUACAGAUGGCGUGAGCAGUCAAGAGAAAACUUGGUGACAGCAGCGCGUCGCGGCUCCUCCGAUCGGCUGCCCGACUCGACUGCAUGGAGCGCCGGCGUCUCGCGCCGAGCACAGCAGCCCGUCCAGCGUGGACCGCGUCUCCACCACGUCCGAGUGAAGAAGACUGAAGUGUCACCGGACUGCCUCGUCCCUUCAACUCUCUUUUUCGCACCGUCGCGUCGGAUCACACAGCGAAACACCACCGGGGGGCCAUUUCCGAAGAGUACGCAUGAUGGAAGAACAGGCUGCUUCUAACAGCAGCCCGCAGCACGGCCGGAGCAGGCAGAACGUCGUCAGGUGUGGGUGGCUGAGAAAGCAAGGGGGCUUUGUCAAGACUUGGCACACGCGGUGGUUUGUUCUCAAGGGGGACCAGCUCUAUUACUACAAGGAUGAAGACGAGACAAAAGCCCUGGGAACAAUUGUCUUACAUGGUAACAGAGUCACAGAACAUCCCAACAAUGGCGAAGAAGCAGGAAAAUUUCUCUUUGAAGUAGUUCCAGGUGGAGACCGGGAACGGAUGACAGCCAACCAUGAGACAUACCUCCUUAUGGCCAGCAGCCAGAAUGACAUGGAGGAUUGGGUGAAGACCAUCCGCAGAGUCAUAUGGGCACCCUUUGGUGGAGGUAUCUUUGGGCAGAAGCUGGAGGAAACAGUGCGCUAUGAGCGGCGCUUUGGGAACAAGCUUGCCCCCAUGCUGGUGGAGCAGUGUGCAGACUUCAUCCGCCAGUGGGGCCUGCAGGAGGAGGGCCUCUUCCGCCUACCCGGUCAAGCUAACCUGGUCAAGGAGCUGCAGGAUGCCUUUGACUGCGGAGAGAAGCCUUUGUUUGACUGUAACACAGACGUUCAUACAGUGGCUUCCCUUCUCAAGCUGUACCUGAGAGAACUCCCUGAGCCAGUUAUUCCCUUUGCCAAAUAUGACGACUUCCUGUCCUGCACUAAACUCCUCAGCAGAGACGAGGAAUCCGGAAUGAAGGAACUGAGAAAACAAGUACAAGGCCUACCUCCAGUGAACUACAACCUGCUUAAAUAUAUAUGCAGGUUUCUUGAUGAAGUGCAGUCAUAUUCAGGUGUGAAUAAAAUGAGUGUACAAAACUUGGCUACUGUCUUUGGGCCAAACAUUCUGCGGCCAAAGAUAGAGGACCCUGUAGCAAUUAUGGAAGGCACUGUGCUUGUUCAGCAGCUGAUGUCAGUUUUGAUCGGGAGACACGAUGUGCUGUUUCCUAAAGACGAGGACAGUCCAACUGCUGCGGAGUUGUGUAACAACAACAAUGAAGGGGAAAAGAAGCCUAUGGUGGGCCAUCUCCAGAAUAAGGAGAACAAUAACAUGUCAGCUGUUCGCCAGUGCUCGUGGGAGACCCCUGAAUCACCCCAGCGAGUGCCUGUGGACAACUGCUCCCCGACUCUGCUGAGUGGCCCCCGCACUGGAAGUCCGCGGAACAGUUUAGCGGGAAAGUUCGACAUCACCCGCAGUCCUCCACUAACGAUCAAGAAGAACCCGGCGUUCAACAAGGGGAGCGGCAUAGUGACCAAUGGCUCCUUCAGCAGCUCUGCCACCGAUGGCAACCAUGAGAAGAGCCUGACGCUGCCUGGUGGCCUGCCAGCCCGUCGCACAGCCUCCCUCAAGGGCUCUGGCACCAAGAUGGGCACCAGCGGCGUGUCUAAUGGCAACGUGCGCCUCGGUGUCUCCAGCACCGAUUCAAACAAUGGGACUCUGAAUGGACGCGGUGGCCCAUGGGCAUCAAGUGCCCAUGUCACCAUGCGUGAUGGAAAGCCCAGGGAGAGCAUGGGAGAGCAGGCAACUCAGCAGCAUCGUCUCUCCACCUACGACAAUGUGCAGCAGCAGUUAAUGCAGCAGCAGCAGCAGCAGCAGCAGCAGCAGCAGCAGCAUUCCUUGGGCAACAGCUGUGAGGACAAGCAGAGCGUCGACAGCGCCACCUGGUCCACCUCCUCCUGUGAAAUAUCCCUGCCAGACAACUCGACCUCCUGCCGUUCGUCCACCACCACCUGCCCUGAACAGGAUUUCUUCGGGGGGCCCUAUGAGGACCCAAUGCUGGACGGGCACUCACAGGACGAGGUGACCCACUUGGGGGAGUUUGAGGGCAAAGCAGGUCGGCAGAAUGGUGGUGGGCGAGGCAGCCGUGGCACCAGCAGCAGUGACAACAAUGAGCUGUACGUGGUGACCAAUGGCCCCAGCAGCCAUAGCGCCCUGCACAGCCUGGUGGCGAGCCUCAAGCAGGAGAUGCUCAAACAGAAGGCUGAGUACGAGGCCAGGAUCAAAAGUCUGGAGAACCGCAACAUGGAGCUUGAGACAGAGAUGGUAAACCUGCAUGAGGAGCUGGACCAGGAGAGGAAGAAGUACACCAUGGUAGAGAUCAAGCUGCGCAAUGCCGAAAGGGCAAAGGAAGAUGCUGAAAAAAGGAAUGAGAUGCUGCAGAAGGAGAUGGAGCAGUUCUUCUCCACCUUUGGGGAGCUGACCGCAGACUCACGGAGGCCAGAGAGGGGCAACACGAUCUGGAUUCAGUGAAGAGACUUUCUUGGCCGAAGCCAAGCAGACUGUUGCAUUGUUGGUAAGGUGGCUGGUCACCUACCUUGAAAAAAUACAGUCCUUCAUUGAGAAGGAAGUAUUUUAGACUCCUGAAGGAAGACAAAGAGCAGUUCUUGCUACAGUUCUUUAAUGUGAUCCCACCAAAUAUAUAAUCCACCUGUUAUAAAGUGUUAUCCUGUACCUGGGUGUGUAUAUAGCAGAAAACAAUGUUUUAGUCUUCAAGAAAAAAAUAUAUUGUAAAAAAAAUCUACUCAAAUAUUUUAGUGCAAGUCUGAUGUUUAAGCUCAAUGAUCAUUGUGUUCCGUUUAAAUUUAAUAUCAAGGCUUUUUCUUGCACUUAUCUUUUUUCAGUAUGGUACUGAAUGAAUUUGUGUAUGCUGGUUUUAUUUUUAGCUACUGUUCCCUUUUAAUUUAAAAAAAAAAAUGUUGCUGGCUACACAUUAUGUGCCAUUUGACUCAUCCCAUGACCAAAAAAAAAAA